AUGCCUUCAGAAGAGCGAAAAUUCUCCUGGGCAGGUGCUUGGCUUCUGGCUCUCUUGAUCGUUGGACUUAGCGGUGUGUGGCCUUUCGUGAAGCUUGCGUUGCUGUUGCACGUGUGGCUGGCUCCGACUUCGAGGUCACGACGCACCAAAGUGCUGUUGUUCUUGGAUGAGUACGGGAAGUACAGCCUCGUCGACUCAUGGCUCGCCAUCCUUGCACUGUGUGCGUUUGACAUCAAAUGGUUCGGAGAGGAAGUUUCCGUGCAAGUGACCCCUGUGCCGAUGCUUCCCUUCUUCACCUUCGUCAUCGCAACGGUGUUGUCGCUGGUUCUCGGUCACAUCGCGACAGAGUCGAACAGGCGAAGUCUGCAGGAAGCAGCUCCGCCGUUGCGGAGUAGUUCCCGAAAUAUCAGUGGAACUGUCAGCGAGUCGGAGCCCGUCCGCUAUGGCCUUUGUUGUGAGCUCCCUCGAGGCCGCGCAGUCCUUUUGCUGGCGCUGACCUUUCUUACUGGCAUUUCCCUUAUUGUUUCAGCUUUUCUGCAAUCCUUGGAGUACAAGGUCUCUGGCGCGAUUUCUGACCUGCUUCUGAAGGGUGAGGAGAGAGAUCUGAAGUACAGUCUCGUCGGCUUGGGCAUGUUCUUAACCACGGGAUUCCAAGAAUCUGGUGGUUUGCAUGCAGUUCAAGCCAUUUUCUUCACCUUCACACUGGCCAUUCCAUUGCUGCUGGUUUGUGCUAUUCUGGCGCUUCUGCUGUACCCCAUGACGAAAGCCGAGCAUGGCCUGCUCUGGAAAGUCUGCCAUGCCCUGGAUGCUUGGGCAGCUUUUGACGUCUUCGUCGUGGCUGUUACGGUGGCGAACUUCGAGUUCUGGAUCUUCUCCAACUUCCUCAUCUAUCACGACAACAUUGCUGCAGCAUGCAGUUGGGUACACGACAACCUGGAGCUGGAAUGCUUGGCAAUGGAAUGUCACGUGCUUCCGGGGUUCGCAGUCCUGGCUGCAGCAGGAAUCGGGUCCUAUGCCGUCCCGAAGAUGGUGCUGUGCUCUUGUGAGGAUCUCUUGGACCAGGCCGAGGCCGAAGACAGUGAGGAAGGCAGCGAGUUGCUUUCAGAUGUUAAAGAGGUGCAGUUGUUUGCUGAGCCACCUCGCAGCUUUGCAUUCGACGGUGUUCUGCGAGAGUCCGCGACACAGACGGAGGUUUUUCAACUCUUUGGCGCUGGUGUGGCGGAAUUUUGUCUCAGCGGGUACAACGGCAGCAUCUAUGUGUACGGCCAAACGGGAAGUGGCAAGACCCACACGAUGCAAGGAGAAGUCGUGUCCGUGCAGUCUAUGCACAAUGGUGAGCAAAGGGGCUUGAUGUGUCGCAUCUUGGACUACAUCUUCGCAGAGAUAGGUCGGCGCAAUCAGACAGGUGGGACGAUUCAACAUAGUUGCAAAUGCUCGUACCUCGAGAUCUACAAGGAGCAGAUCACUGACCUGUUGGAGCCAAGCUCCACCAACCUACAGAUCAGAGAGGACAUCAACCAUGGCGUGUAUGUGGAGAGGCUGAGUGAACACUCGGUGUGGUCUGCAUCGGAUGCAUUCCACGUCGUCUGGAAG